ACUCCACUCUACCAGUGCUCGAUUUAUUAUGGUUUCCUUAAAGAUGAAUAGCACAAUCCAUUUUCCUCGUUUGCUAUACAUAAAUGACCAUCGAUAUCGAACGAAAAAUCAUUAUUAUGAACGAAAUAUAUCAACAUAUUUUGCCAAAGAGCAUUACACGUUUUUUAAAUUGUAUAGUUAGCCUAUUUAUAGUUAACCUAAUAUAAAUAGUAAUUUAUAUUAUCAAAUGUAUUACUUGAAUAGUGUCCAAUAAACAAAGAUUUUGUAUCUUCAUUAUAGGGUUAUUUCACAACUUCAGAUAAUUCGAUGAGGGCUGAUAAGGUUUCGUAAUAGCUUUGUCCCUUUGUGUGUUUGUCCCUCUGUAAAGAGGCAAUGACUGUCCCCGACCUCUUUUCUUUGUGAUUUCCUUUUUCCCCCUUACCAAGGCUGGCUUUCUUUUCCUUUUCGGUGCGCCGUCCCCUCGAAUCCCCCUCCCUCGUUACGUGUUGACCGGUCGGUCCUGCCUCCCUAUUUCCCCUCGUCUUUUUCUCUCCCUUCCAGGCUUCAUGUCAUACCACAGCUAAUUCCUGACAUUCCAGCCCUCUUCGCGCUUCAAACGACUCAGGAAAGGGGCGACCAAUUUAAAUACAUUUCUUCACAGAAAUCUGACCCCAGAAAUUCCACUUGCCUGUUUGACCCAGCGGUGUUGUCUGUUGCUUGACUUUCAACAGGAUCGCCUUGUCCUGUCUUGUCCUCGGCCCUUGGAACGCACCCUCUACCCCCUGCUCCUCCCAGCCCUGUCCUGUGGUCCUCCCGGCCCCCCACCACGUCUGCGGAGUGGGUGCCGGCCCCCUCCCCUGGGGGCACCAGUGAGGAGCUGAACGAGCCUCUGGACAAGCCUCUGGAGAACGAUGCGGAGGGCGUGUGGAGCCCCGACAUCGAGCAGAGCUUCCAGGAGGCCCUGGCCAUCUACCCGCCCUGCGGACGCAGGAAGAUCAUCCUCUCCGAUGAGGGAAAGAUGUACGGACGGAACGAGCUGAUAGCACGGUACAUCAAGCUACGCACUGGGAAGACACGGACAAGAAAGCAGGUGUCCAGUCACAUCCAGGUGCUAGCGCGACGGAAGGCCCGGGAGAUCCAGGUGAAGCUCAAGGUAUGCUACGACCAGGCUGCCAAAGACAAGGCCCUCCAGAGUAUGGCCACCAUGUCCUCUGCCCAGAUCAUCUCCGCCACUGCCUUUCAGAACAAGAUGGCUCUGCAGGGGCUGUCCAGGCCGCCGUAUCCCACUGCUGGCGGGUUUUGGCAUGGCGGCCUUCCAGGACAGCCUAGAGGUCCUGAAGACAUUAAGCCCUUUUCCCAGCAGAGUUACGCCAUGCAAGCGUCUGGCCCGCCCCCCAUAACAGGCUAUGAGAGCACGGCAGGCCUGUCCAUGUCGCCGGGCACCCCCCCGUGGCAGGGACGCAGUAUCGCCAGCUCCAAGCUUCGCAUGCUAGAGUUCUCUGCUUUCCUGGAGCAGCCUCAGGACCCAGAGACCUUUAACAAGCACCUGUUUGUGCACAUCGCUCAGUCCAACCCUACCUUCAGUGAUCCGUACCUGGAGGCAGUGGACAUCCGACAGAUCUACGACAAGUUCCCUGAGAAGAAGGGAGGGAUGAAGGAGUUGUUUGAGAAGGGGCCGCCCAACUCUUUUUUCCUCGUCAAGUUCUGGGCUGAUCUGAGUGCCAACCUGCAGGACGACAGCAGUUUCUUCUACGGCGUGUCCAGUCAGUACGAGAGCUCUGAGAACAUGAUCAUCACCUCCUCCACCAAGGUCUGCUCCUUCGGAAAGCAGGUGGUGGAGAAAGUAGAGACGGAGUAUGCACGGUUUGAGAAUGGGCGGUAUGUGUUCAGAAUCCACCGGUCCCCACUGUGUGAAUACAUGAUCAACUUCAUCCACAAGCUCAAACACCUGCCAGAGAAGUACAUGAUGAACAGUGUACUGGAGAACUUCACCAUCCUACAGGUGGUGACCAACAGGGACACACUGGAGACGCUGCUGUGUAUAGCCUAUGUCUUUGAGGUGUCUACUAGUGAGCAUGGAGCCCAGCACCAUAUUUACAGGCUUGUCAAAGACUGAGAGAGCCCUGUGGACAGAGAACCACUAUAGCACAACAACAAACCCAACAUUGGACAAUCUCCUAUAUAAGCUGCAAGCACCAUACGAUUGUCUAUCAGGACCCAAAGAAGCACUAGGAGAGUUGCUUGCUUGAAACUACUGUGGAAGAAGUGGAUUGAGAGCAUUGGGAGCUAGAGUGAACUUUACAACUGUGUGAUGUGAAAAUGAGGAGCAGAGGGUGGGAACCUUCAUUGUGGUAUAUCUAUAUGUACCAGAGGAGCCAAACGUCAAGACGAUGCAUGAGAAAGUAGAUUUUCAUCUCAUUUUACUAGUGCUUGCUUGUUUGAUUUAGUUUCUUUUACGCAGCUGCAUGAGCGGGAUUGUGUUUGGUUGUCCAUGGGCGACACCUAAUGACUUUUAAUGUAUAUUGCACACAGAAGAAAGAAAAGAGGGCAAGAGGACAAAAAAGAACUAUAAACCCCAAGACUGCACAUCCAUGUCAGUGUUUUUAGUGCCAAUAUUUGUGUUAUGAGUAAAAAUGUAAUGUACAGUACCCAUCUUCACUGAAAAAGAAUCUCAAUGGAAAAUAACAGGCAAAUUAAAAAUAAAUAUUGUAUUCACCUGGUUUAAA